AUGCAGUCGGUAAUUUCCGGCGAACCGGAUACAGUGAAGCUCGCGACCUGGAGAACAUAAAACAUAAACAAAUAAUAAAGCGAGAAACGCGAAACCACACCAACGCCAUGGGUUUUCCGCGCAUCCUCAGCAAGAACAACAAGAUCUACACAAAGCUGGGUGAUUUCUGCUUAUCGGGGGACAGUUUCUGGAUCGUUUGCCACACGUGCCAGGAGGAGCUCCAGACGCAGGAUCAGUUCUGGAAGCACAUCCAGGACGAGCACAACUUCCUGCAUGGCGUUGCAAAGCAGGAACACAGUAGAACCUCUAGCUAUUGCUUGACGGAUGUGGAGGCGGCGGCGACGACUGGGACACCAGGACCUCCCGGUUCCCAGAGCAGCGUCACAGCGGUCACAGUUCCACUGGCGUCGUACCAUUGUGCCACCAAAUACUUUGAGGACGAGCAGCGCGAGGCGGACUUGCAGCAGCACCUCCAGCAGCAGCAGCAGCAACAGCAACAGCAGCAGCAACAACAGCAGCAGCAGCAGCAACAGCAGCAGCAGCAACAACAGCAGCAGCAGCAACAGCAACGCGAUGCAGCAAAAGAAUUGGCGGAACUCCAUGCAAAUGCUGUGGCAGCUGUGGCCUCGGCUGCUGCCGCGGCGGGCGAAGGAAGCUCGCGAAGCAAUAGUGGCAUUGAUAUCAAAAUCGAACCCGCCAGUUUAACCCUGCCGCCGGAAAUGCAAGCUGCCGCUGCUGCCGGAACCAUAUACCACCUACCCCAGUUAGUGCCGGCGCCUGUGCCGCCGCCACCGCCUACGCCGGGAUUUGCCAGUGCCAGUAGCUCCACCACCGUCAGUACAACACCGCCAGGAGUUCUCCAGCAACAGCAGCAGCAGCAGCAACAACAACAGCAGCAGCAACAAACGGCAGGGAGUAUGCCAAAUCUGAGCCUAUCCGUUGCCCCAACCACACCGCUGGCAGCUGCCAUGAUGGGUGCCAGUCAUGAGCUGCCUAAGGAUUCCAAUAGUACAACAGCCAGUGCCGGCAGUGCCGUUUCCUCCGACGACGGAGAGCGUUGGUAUGUCUGUGACUAUGAGACGUGCGGCCUGAAGUUCAAGUACAAGUCCCGUAUGGAGCUGCAUCGGGUGGUGCAUAGCAAGGAGAGGCGCUUCAAUUGCGAACUGUGCAGUGCCUCGUUCAAGCAGUCUUGCAACUUAUCCACGCACCGAAAAAAGAAGCACGCGCUGAGGGGCAUCAAGAGUGAUAUACUGCCGCAGCGUUUUUAGUCGGUGGCGGGCUGCCGUCUCUUCCUCCCUGUUCCCAGUUCCCAUUCCCUGGCCACCCCCAUACCACUCACUUGUUCAGCUCACUCACAUCUCUAGGUUUGGCAUCUAGACCGUAGCUUUUUUUCUCUACCACAUGUUUAAUCUUUAGCCUUCCCCCUUAAAAGACCCAAAGCCCCAAAGUCCCCUCAGCAAUGUCGUCUAUACAAUACAUAUCGCUGGCCAGCCAAGGUAUUUCUUAGGAUCAUUCGAGGGGUUCCGUUCUAGAACGACUAUCUUUCCACUUCAGCCAACCGCUUUCCCAGCAGAUCCUUGGCUAGCCAGCGAUAUCAAUUUAUAUAAAUAUAUAAAUAUAAUUAGUUGUAUCUAAUUUAGGCCUAGUUAACGCCCUGUAAAUGUAAUGGUAAUUUUUAAGCGAGGUUAUGUUAACCUCUCAAUUAACUUUACGCUCUAGGUGUACAUGCAAUAUUUUAUAUAAUCGCUAAGUUAAUGCAGUUACAGUUAGAACAGAUUAAUUUUUAAGCCAACAGUUGCAGAAACCGCAGACCGUUAGUCAGUUGCGUUGUUCAUCCAGUUAGUUACCAAAAUUUACAAAACACUGCUCCGAUCUAUCGGAUCAAUCAAUCAAAAGCAACAAAAGUAAGUCAAUAAUGAAACCAAUCCAAUCCAAUCCAAUCCCAUCCAAUAACAUCAACUCAACGAUUGAAAACGAAAAUAUAUAAAAUCAUAAAAAACAAAA